AUGGAGGUUUUGGGCGCAGUUUCUGGCGCUCUUGGGAUUAUCGCGAGAAGCGGUAACUGCGCUGCAGUCACGGAAGCUAUCUAUCUGCUUAGUAUUGAUCGUGGAUACGUCCAAAAGUAUCGGAGAUGGGAACCCAAGCUUUUGGAAAGGGAUACAAGCAGUUCGCUUAAAUCAUCUACCAGCAAAGAUGUGAUUAGCCAGAUCUCUACGACGAAUCUAGAGGAAAUCAUCUCUCGAACUAUACGAAAGGUUCAAGAAGAAUUUAUGCAAGUGCCCGAGACGGAUAUUGUUCGGCCCGAAAACUUCAAGCGAUGGUCCAUGAUUGAGAACGCGAAGGUAUUUGAAAAGGUUUUUCUGCUGUCUUUAAAACACCCGGACUACUACAGCGAAAAAGGAAAAAUAAAAGUUCCGCAGCCCGGAACUUGCGAAUGGAUCUUCACCCAUUCUCAGUACCUAGCUUGGUGUACAGGCCAGGACACAUCUGUCUUGUAUUCUAUUGGAAAGCCUGGAUCGGGGAAAACUGUCCUUUCUAGGCAUUUUCUAGAAGGUCUGCCGGAUUCCAGCUCAAGCCCCCAAAACACACGGGUUCUUUACUAUUUUUGCAACAACAGAGAUAAUCCUAACCUUACUGCGACCGAUGUUCUUGCAGCUAUAGUUCACCAGCUCCUUUCCCAGAUACCUUCCUUGUUCUCUCAUAUCGCCAAAAAGGCAAACCUUCAUAAAUCCAGCUCAGAGGUCGUUCUAUGGCCAUUAGAAUCACUUUGGGACAUAUUUACUAUUAUGGUGGCAGCCUCUCACCUAAAUGUUAUCUUCUGCAUAUUAGAUGCCCUCGAUGAGUGCGAGGCAGAAUCAAUCUCCGAGUUGUCUCUAUUAAUCACAAAAAUGACCGAGGCACCCAAGGAAUCAGAGGACUCUCCAAAAUUAAAUUCUACUUAA